AAAACACUUCCGAAUUGCCCGCCUUGACCGCGCGAUAAAGAGCAGACCUUAUUCGAAUUCGGAGCGCAUUGUCACACUUAAAAAAAUAUAUAUAUAUGUAUAUAUAAAAUCUUUCAAAUUGCAAAUCAAAGUUAUGUAAAAUGGCGUAAAACAUUUUACGGAAUUUUUUCUUACAAAAAAGCAUUUAUAGCAUUUCGGAUAUUGGUAGUGCUCAACCAUUUCUUCGAGUGUGUGGUCGGACUGUUGCCGGCAGUUGUGUGGGAUCUGGCGCGCUGACGACUGCGGCGACGAUCAGUCCGCUUUCGGUGCUCAAGCGUUGCGUUUCGUUUGCCUCCAGCAGCAGCAGCAGCAAAACCCUGACCAAUCCCAUUUCCCGAAGCCCAGACCAGUUUGUGUGGACGACGAUGACGUGCUGAGGUCGCUCUCUCUUUCCCUCUCUCUCUCUCUCUAUCUGGCUCUCCCCCUCUAACGCGCUCUUCUGGUGCGCCAAAAAUUAUAAAACUAUUAAAUAGUUUUCUUCGCGGAAAGCAGACCAACAAACCCGGAAAAUCAGUGGCAGCGUUUUCUUGUUCAAGCCCCACCGACAUGACAUAACACUGAAAAUGCCGCCCAUCGCAAGAGAUACGACUUAGCCGCCCUUUUACAUUUGCAAUAGGUAAAGGUAGAUAUCUAAGGAUUCACGCGAAAUGUCUCAACGAGAGAGGAAACCGAUGUGGUUCUUUGGCGGAUUGGCGAGCGUGGGUGCCGCCAUGGUGACCCAUCCACUCGACCUCAUCAAGGUCACGCUGCAGACGCAACAGGGUCACCUGUCAGUGGCCCAGUUGAUCCCGAAACUCGCCCGCGAACGAGGAGUACUCGUCUUCUACAACGGCCUGUCUGCCUCAAUGUUGCGCCAAUUGACCUACUCCACUGCGAGAUUCGGUGUGUACGAGGCCGGAAAGGCCUACGUCAAUACGGACACCUUUGGCGGCAAGGUGGCCCUCGCAGGGGCAUCCGGUCUUAUCGGAGGAAUUGUGGGAACUCCGGCGGACAUGGUCAACGUGCGCAUGCAGAACGACGUAAAAUUGCCGCCGCAACAACGACGCAACUACAAUAAUGCCUUCGACGGACUGAUUAGGGUCUACCGCCAGGAGGGAUUCAAGCGACUCUUCUCUGGCGCCACCACAGCGACUGCCCGUGGGGUCCUGAUGACGAUCGGCCAGAUUGCAUUCUACGACCAAACGAAGGUCUACCUGCUGGCCACGCCGUAUUUCCACGACAACCUGGUCACGCACUUCACCGCCUCCCUGGUGGCCGGAACAAUAGCCACCACUCUGACCCAGCCAUUGGAUGUGCUCAAGACUCGAUCCAUGAACGCGAAACCCGGAGAGUUCAAUGGCCUGUGGGACAUCGUCAAGCACACGGCCAAACUGGGUCCCCUCGGUUUCUUCAAGGGCUAUGUGCCGGCAUUUGUGCGUCUGGGUCCACACACGAUCAUCACCUUCGUGUUCCUGGAGCAACUGCGUCUCAAUUUUGGCACCUUGAGUUAGCCGCUAUGUUAAUCGAUCCCUCACCUAGGCAAUAGUUCUCCCAUGGCUGGCUGGCAGAUUCCCUUGAUCAAUGCAAACAUUCCAGCAGCAAUUCGUUCUCCACAGUGUAGAACAUAACUUAGCUUUAACCCGUUCCAGUUGUUAACCAAGAUGCUUUUAUGCUAGCAAACUAUUUGUUUAAAGUGUUUCAUGCCCGCUAUCCCGAAAUAAAUCAUUUUUGAUAAGA